AUGAGAUGUUCUUGUACACCUUGCUGCUCAUUUGAUGUAAAACAAAUACAUGAUUCAACACUAAACCGUUCUUUAUCGAUUCAAAACACAGCUCCUGCCAUUACCACAGGAAUAGUUGAAAAUUGUUGUUUAAGUAAAUUAGAGGUCGAUUGUCGCGUUGAGUGCGAGAGGACGAAACGAAAAUCGAAUCGUGAAAAACAUCGAAAGUCUAAGCGGGGAUAUAAACGACGUUUAUUAUCACCAAAUAUGACGUUAUUAUCAACACGUUCAUUAAGCAAAUUUGACAAUGAACAUCAUAAUAAAGAACCAAAAAAGCGCUACACAUACUAUCGUUCGAAUUCUCCUCCUAUUGAUGAUGAACUACGAAAUGAACAAAAUACCGGCAUAACAAAACAACUCUCAUCUUCGUCGUUUACAACAUCAUCUUCUAUCAAUACCAAUAAUUCUACGUCAACAUCGACUAAUAAUACAGCCAACACAUCUAGUUCAUCCACUUUUUCCAUCAUUUCAAAAAAAUCGAAUAAAAAAUUAGCAAAUUAUUAUAAACAACAAAUAUUAAAUUCAUUUAGAAAGUUGCAACGAUAUUUGACAGCAGUAAAUAAAAUUACUGAAGGAGAGUCUAGAGAAGAUGAAACUGUAAAAGAUCAGCCUUUAAUAUACACAAACUAUUUAAUGAAUAAUACCACUUCAAAUACAAAUUAUCAUCAACAAUUUAAACCACUGAUAUUCUCCUGUGUGCCAUUAACAUCAAAUCAUACGGCAGUUACGACAAAGCAAAAAUAUUCUGAUGAUGCAAAUGAUAAGUAUCUGGAUGAAGAAAUAAGACAGCUGAAGUUAUCUGUUAAUCACUUAAUAAAAAUAAUUGCACAGAAAAAUAAACAGCCAGAAGGUGAUAUUAUUGAACAACUAUCAAAAGAAAUGACAACUGCUAUCGAAUCAUCCAAAGCAGAAGUGCAUUCAAACAAAAACCAAACAACAACAGCAACAACGAAACUAUGUGACUCAGUGAAGAGAAUAUUUAGUUUAUUUGGAAAAGAAGCGACACCAUGUAAUACUCUGAAUAAAGAACAAUAUCAAAGUAAAAUAGAAGAUGAAUGCAGACAAAGAUCCAUAAGAUCAAGAAAAUUACUAAAUUCACAAAAGACUACUCAGUCAUCUUGUGAAAAUUAUUGUAUUGUUCACGGUUGUCCAAAUGGCUCUAUAUCACAUCCAUCAGUUCAACGUUUUUCUGUUCCAACACAUUUACCAAAUAUUGCACAUCAAUGGUAUAAAAAUACGAUGCGUACUGAUCUACGUCCAUCAUCUCAACAUUCUGUAUGCGAAUGUCAUUUCGAAGAGUCAUGCUUCGAACAUGUUUCAACAAUGGAUCGCCAUACAGGUGAAAAUAAGACAACAAAAUGUCUUAAAACGAAAUCAUUACCAACAUUAUUUGACUUGGAGGUUUUCUAUAAAAUGAUUGCUUAUCAAGAUAAGUUACAAGAGUCAAAUAAAACAAUUAAAAAAACAAAUAUUACAUUCCACACAUCAAAUCCUGAAUUAGAUGGUAAAACUUUAGAACCAAUAUUAAAAAUGAAUUUGGAAAGUGGGCAUGUUAAAACACGUCUAGCACCAACAUCGCCAGGAAAUAAAGAUACACAACCGUCACCAGUGUUUGAAGGUAAAGCGACAAAUCGUUGUUUUGUGGAAGGAUGUGAGCACGCUUAUGUGGCACGUCGACACCGUGUUCAAUUAUAUAAAAUUCCUCGAGAUCCUGGAAUGGCACGAAAAUGGCUAGAUGCUUGUGGUUCAUCAGCACCCGUUUCGCCGGCAACUAGUGUAUUUAAAGUAUGUCGUGAGCAUUUUACACCGAUGGAUUUUGAAGGUCCAACAACACUGAGAUUAGACGCUGUUCCAUCUCAAUUCACUCCACGUUCAUGUUUAUUAAUGAAUAAACAAUUGCCCGAACAAUCAACAAUCAGACAGCAAAGUUAUAAUGACGAUGCAAACAGUGAAAUGAAUCAUAGUAAUAAUACAAAACGAUUUCGUUCUGAUAAUGUAGCUAUGAUACGGCCAAAACACAGCACAGUCGAUACGAAACGAUUGCAAAAAGCAAUAAAUACGCAACCAUACGUUAAUUAUAAUCAAGCUCGUUUUCGUUCAUCGAAAAAUAGCCAUUUCCCUCAGAUUACAUCACAGUAUCAAUCAUUCAGUCAACAACACUCACAAAAACAAGAUUUUUCUCCUCCUCUCUCACCGUUACCUAGACGAGAGAGUAUCGAAGAAAGUAUUAAACAAAUGAUUCGAGAAACAAAGCAACAAAUAGAUGUGGAAUUAAACAUGAGUUGUAGUGAAGAACAAUUAUCAGACGCACAAUUAUCGCAUUUUCCUGUUAAAGUUCUUGAUAAGAUGGCUAAUUCUGCGAAAAAACAAAAUGCACGUUCUCGUCCACCACCUCGUCAACCCACACGCACUUAUUAUCAGCAACAGUCAGAUAUAUUCGAUGAUGAUGAAAUGGAUGACAUAGCUAUGGAUUAUGACGAUGAUGUGGGCGGAGAUAGUCACUUAAAUGAUAAAGAUUGGCUAAGUCAAACACAAGACGAUCGUUUACCAUGGUCAAAACGCGGCGGACGCGUUGGCCAUUUUGCAUAUAAUCGUGGUGGUAGUGCAAAUUCGUUGUAUCGUGUUGGUAAUGGCAGCGUUGGACGUAACUCGGUUCCGAGUGCAAAUCGUUCACGUGAACAUUUUCUCAACACACAAUUUGUCAAACCAGAAGCAACAAGAAAAGCGAGUAUCCCAUUUUUACAACCGGCGUUUGAUCAUCCGAUAACGCAUUAUCCGAGAGAUCAACCAUUACCAAGAAUCAAGCCUGGAUCAGUCAGAACAAGAGAAGAAGGUCUUGAAGUUGAACUUGAACAAACUUAUCGGCAAACAUUAACGAAAUAUUAUGGUCAAAAACCUGGUGGAACUAUUGCUUUAUCAGAAUAUGGAGAUUAUCGUAGUAAAUGUUCUGCAUGCAAUGAAACAUUAGAAAAUAAUAUUCAAUUAAUUAUUCAUCUAUGUAAACAUUUUGAAAAUAAACAACAAGAUGAACAACAAGAACAAAAAGAAGAAAAGAGAGAAGAUUAUAUUAGUCCAUUUAAUCAAAUACAAACAAAAUGUGAACAAUGUCGUUCGGAAUUUUCAAAUCCCUAUUAUUUAUAUAUGCAUAUUGAUGAAAAACAUAUGUUAAAUUUGAAUGAGUAUCAAUGUCGUAUAUGUCAACAAAAACAUGGAUCAUUACUAGAAUUAAUAGCACAUUUAAAUUUAUGCCAUUGUGGAUUAGAGAUGCCAUAUUAUUGUGAAGUUUGUACUUUUCGAACAUCAAUGUACAGCGAUAUGAUUUAUCAUAUUGAUGAACUCCAUAAAAAUACUCGUUAUUUCUUUUGUCCAUAUUGUUUUGCGGCAAUACAAUUACCAUUAUUAAACAAUUCAUUAUUUUUAAAUGGUUCUGCGGCAUUUAAACAUUUACUCCUACACUUUAAUAAAGUAGAUAAUGGUCGAGCGACGCAAUCAAAAUUUAAACAUUGUAGAAAAUGUACAUUGCAUGUGAAAAGUAUUAAAGACCAUUUAACUCGAGAUCAUUUGAAUAUUGUUGACGGAAUAAAAGCAAUGUAUUAUAAUGAUGCUGAUGGAACCGAAAAACAAAGUGAAAAUGAGUGUGACCUUGAUAUAGAAGAUUCAUUGGAUGAAAAUGCCACGCUUGAAGAUAAAACAUUGUCUGCUCGAUAUAUUACACCAUCAAAAGUAUAA